GAAGCAAUACAACGAUUCCAUUUCUCUGCUUAAAAAAAAGCACCAUACCAUAUAGCCAUAGCCUAUAUUACCAUUUUCCACAUUCCGAUCAAAUCGAAUGCACCAAAACCAAUAGAACGAUGUUGCGGAGAACUCUAGCUCUCACGGUUGCUCGGAACAAAACCGUCCAAAUUUUCCGGCACAAUCUCCCUCUCCUCCGCCGCCGCCGCAACUUCUCCACUACAGGUCUCUACGGUAUACCUCAUUUGAAAUCGCCAAAUGGAUUCCAAUCUUUCGUAGAUGAAGCCAUUCAAAGGUCUGGAGAACUCGUUAGUUACAUUUCUACCAAACCCUCAGCUUCCGAAAUCAUGCGAGCAAUGGAUGAGAUCUCUGACACCGUGUUGCAUAUUGCGUACUGCUGACACUAAUUGUGAUCGCCGUGGUGUUUGUUCUGUUGUUGAUUCGGCUGAAUUGUGUAGGCAAACCCAUCCAAACAGGGAGUUUGUUGAGGAGGCUGACAAGGCAUCAAUGAAAAUUAAUGAAUAUCUACAUUAUCUGAACACAAGUCAUGAUAUCUAUGAUGCGGUGAAGAAAGCCGAGCUAGAAUGUCAUAUGCUUUCUGAGGAAACUCAGAGGGGAAUUAAAAGUUUACGAGUUGACAUGGAAAGGGGCGGAAUUCAUCUUUGCCCUGAAAAAUUAGAUCGAGUAAACAAGCUAGAUAUUGAAAUUUCUCAUCUCUGCAGAAAGUACAAUGAAAAUAUUAUCAUCGACCCAGGAACUGUUGAUAUAUACCCUUCAUCUCGCUUCCCCAAAAACUUGCAUCAUCUUGUCAAGCCUAUCUAUAAAUCAAAACCUUCACUAACUAAGGAUUUAUUAGGGUCCAAGGACACCCUUAAAGAGAAAGGAUUUCGAAUUACAACAGAUUCACGAACUCUUGAUUCUGUGCUGCAGUUGUCGUCAGAUGAUGAGAUAAGGAAAAUGGUAUAUAUACGAGGAAAUUCUGUUCCACAUGCAAAUGUUGAUGUCCUACAAAGGCUUAUAUCUGCUCGUCACGAGCAAGCUCAGAUAAUGGGGUGUGGCUCUUAUGCCGAACUUGCUGUUAAGCCCAAUUUGGCUUCAUCGCCGAAAGUUGUAAUGUCAUUUUUACUUGAAAUGAGCAAGAUGGUUCAGGAAAAGUCUACAGAGGAGCUCAAGCUACUUUCAAAAUUCAAGAGAGAGAAAUGCGGUCAGGCUGGUGGAGAUAUAAGGCCGUGGGAUGAAGCCUAUUACACGACAAUGAUGAAAUCUUCUGUUUAUAAAUUGGAUUCUUCGGUCGUAGCAUCAUAUUUUUCUUUGUCAAACUGCAUUGAGGGUUUGAAGGUUCUAGUGAAGUCGUUGUUUGGUGUUAUCUGUCACAAAAUCCCUCUUGCACCUGGUGAAUCUUGGGAUCCACAAGUGCUUAAACUGUGUCUUCAUCAUCCUAACGAGGGUGACUUAGGAUAUCUCUAUCUUGAUUUGUACUCAAGAAAGGGAAAGUAUCCUGGUUGUGCUCAUUUUGCAAUUAAAGGGGGUCGCAGGAUUUCUCAAACAGAAUACCAACUUCCUAUUGUAGCUCUUGUUUGUAAUUUUUCAGGUUCACGGAAUCCGUCAGCGGUAAGGCUUAAUCAUUGGGAAGUGGAAACCUUAUUUCAUGAGUUUGGACACGCUCUUCAUUCACUGCUUUCAAGAACGGACUACCAACAUUUUUCAGGCACAAGAACGGUUCUAGAUUUUGCAGAAAUACCAUCCAACCUCUUUGAAUAUUAUGCAUGGGAUUAUCGAGUUUUGAAAACAUUUGCUAAACACUAUUCAACCGGUGAUGAAAUCCCUCAGAAGCUGGUCGAGUCAAUGCUGGGUGCCCAAAAUAUGUUUGCUGCAACUGGUCUGCAACGUCAGAUCUUCUAUGCCCUAGUUGACCAGACACUCUUUGGGGAGCAGCCACUCCCUCUCGGUGGUAGUAGUUCUGUUGUUGCUGAACUGAAAAGACAACAUACAAAUCUGGAACAUGUAGACGGCACACAUUGGGAGUCCCGAUUUAGUCAUCUUCUUAAUUAUGGUGCAGGGUAUUAUAGCUACUUGUAUGCCAAAUGUUUUGCUGCAACCAUAUGGAAGAAGGUUUGCAAGGAGGAUCCGCUAUCCCCAAUUGCAGGCAGUGCUUUAAGAACAAAAUUCUUACAGCAUGGAGGAGCCAGAGACCCAUCUGCUAUAUUAAAUGAUCUAGUACCUGAUGGUAUAUGUAAGUAUUAUGAUGGAGGGAUAAUCCCUGAUAUUUCAAGUCUGUGUGAGGAAAUGGAAGAGCAUCAGUAGAAAGUACAUUUGUUGUGAGUUUUAAAGAAAAAGUUGACAGAACCCAACUGCACAAAGCAAAAUGAUAUCAUUCACAGGAACACAUUGAAAAUGAAACUGGAUUGAGUUCUGUUGAAGUUGGGAAAACGUUCCAGAUCUCAAUCUUCUUGUGAUCAUUUAAUAUAAGAAAACCUCGCAUUUUAGAAUGUGUUCUCGACACAAUUUCACAUUCACUCUCACAUGAGAAGAAAUAAAUUGGACUUGUGCCACCUCACAUUUAAACCAGAGGCCCAAAUUGUAGCAAACUUUUGAACCCGAGGUUGGAAAUGUUAGUCACUCAUUGUUUUUACUUUGUUACUUUACAUAAUUUAUUCAUAUUGCUGUUUUAUUUUUA